UUUUAAUCAAAGAAUGUUCAAACUCUAGGCAUUAAUUGUCGAAAAGUAAAACAUGGGCGCUGAGCAGUUGGUUUGAGAUCUUGUUACAUUCUUAAUGAAAGAUGCAUGUUCGGCUGUUACCUUGGUUGAUUAAUCAACCUGGUUAGUGAACCAAAAAUCCACCGACAAUGACUUUAAAACGCCAUACUAGUCUACCAUAGACCCCAUUCAAUAUAGGGAACUAACUAGUCCAAGGGUCAAAUAUGGCCGACCCACUUGAAUACGGGAUAUCUAAUACUAUUCAGUGUCUACUGGUAUUAGUGGAUUAGACGGCAAUCUUUGUAGUGGAUCGCCAUAUUCUAUCCUCGGACUAUUUAGCCCCCUAUUUUAAAUGGCCCCAUAAACCCUAUCAAAAUAGCUUAACUAUUUUAAACUAUAUCCCCCCCAACCCUGUCUCCUCUAAUAUACCAUGCAGUAGCCAGACUUAUGCUGACAGUGUGAUGAUGAUGGUGCUGGGGGUGGAAGGAAGAGGGGAAGUCUCAGGGAUACAUUCUCUUGGUGCAGAUAUAAAAUGGUGGACACAAGGACAAGGCUUAUGAUAUGAUGACCAUCGCAGAAAUCAAAAAGAAUAUUUUAACUUCACCAGUGGUGACACCAGUGGUGCUAAGACCACAUGCGAGCCACAGAGGAGCUGGUCAGCUCAGUCACCAUCAGCAUUCACAGGUUUUAAAUAUGAACAGUCCAAAUGUUGUAUUGCCUGACAACAGUCAUACUGGAGAGAAGGAAAAGUUCAGAGAAUUAACAAUGGAUGAACUUCGAAAUUUUAGGCUGAAAAAAGCAUCUGUUCUGGUCCCUCUGUUACUUACUGGUGGUGAGCUGUAUGUUCUUCUCACAAAACGUUCUAUGAAAGUUCGCAGUCACAAGGGGCAGGUGGCGCUCCCUGGGGGUGCCUUUGAUGUCACAUGUGACAGGACAGACGUAGAUACUGCGUUAAGAGAAACAGAGGAAGAGGUGGGAUUAAUGGCAGAGAAGGUGGAGGUGAUUGGUCAGUUGACGCCAUUGAUUUCUGCCGCUGGAUACCUCGUAACUCCCAUCAUCGCCAUAAUUCAGGAGUUUAAGCCACUCUUGAACAGGGAUGAAGUAGAGGAUGUCUUUUACUUACCUCUUAGACGAUUCCUUUCCAAUGAUAGACAUCACCAUUCUCAGUCCACUUCGUACAAAAUUCCAUUGCACUACUUCACUGACACAGUAGAUGGGAAAGAGUUUAACACUUGGGGCUUAACGGCUUUAAUCUGUAUUGCCAUGGCAAUGAUUGUGUAUCAAAAGCAGACUGACUUUGUUGUGGAUGAUGACAUAAAGGUCACAUUGGAAAAUCCAACAGCAGUCCAUGACGCCAUGUUGAGUUACAUGAAUGAAGAGGAGUCCAAGGUUGUCAGUAGUAAACUGUGACAAGAGCUGACUCUUCACCUUGUUGUCUUUUAUUGCAGUAAUUACUCCAUCUUUUCAUGGGGGAGAAAUUGUGAGUUUUACAGAUACUGAAUUUUUUAAUUCAUAUUAAUUAAAUUUCUUAAAAUUAAAACAUUCCUAGUUUUGAGAUUGAGUGGUAGCAAAAAAAAAACUGAAAGACAAGCUGCUUUAUGUUUCUUUUCUAUGUACAGAAAAAGCACCACAAAUGGUACACAAAAAUGAAUGUCAGUGAUUUCAUAAUUAUGUUUGUAAAAAAAAUGGUAAUUUUCCCCAUUAAACAGAGCAAGUAGAUAAAGAUGAAUUGAAGAAAAUUCAGAACAAGAAGUUAUUUGUACAGUGAAACAGGAAUUUUAAUUCUACACAAUGGGGUCAAAUAAUAUUAAACUUGCUCAUACAAAGUAUAUUUUGUUUUAGAUGAUAAUAAUUUACUGCACCAUUUUAUGAUCCCAUAAUAGACCAGUAAACUGUAAAUGGUAAAGGAUUGCUCUGAUAAUGUGAUUGAUAAUUGGUUGAUGCUAUACCUAUGGCAUAAUAUUCCUAAUAAUAAUUAUAAAAUUAUCUUGUAGUACAUCUGAUACAAAGGCUUUGAUCUGACAUACCUAUUUAUUUAAGUUAUACAAGAAAGCACAAAAUUUGUAUAUUACUGUGAAAAAAGAAAGUACACAGAAUUUAUAUCAAGCUAAUAAACUUAAAAAAUUGAAUCUUAUUAAUCUUUUUAUUUUAUUGACCACAGUGAACUCGUAAAAGUUGAGUGAAUACAUAUACAGUAAAUAUAGGUCUAUAUGCUAGCAGAAACAGAUUAUCUGAGCACAUGCCUUGUGUUCUCUUCCAGUGGCCUUAACAUGAAUAUGUCAGUGACACAUCAGCUCAGGUCAUUUGAGACAGAAAUAUAUUUUAUGGUCAGUAAACAUAUUUAGGGAGUUGAUAUAUGCUCAAGAUAGAUUUGGCACUCUUUUCAUUUAUUUUAAAGACUUUUUCUUCUUGUUUCACACCU